AUGACUGAUCCUCGUUUGAAGAGCAUCCAAGCCGACCCUAGGAAGGAGUACAUCGUAGAGGCGUGCAUGGCCUUGCUUGGUAUUGGUCAAAAGUAUCGGAAUAUCUUCAGGUCCGAUCCUGGGUCGAAUGGCGAGUUGGAGAAAUUUCUGGAAGAUCUGAAUUCUAAGGUUCUUUUUGCCUCUGAGAAUUCACUGGAGACCACCGGCGAUUUCCGUAAUGUGAUUCUGUCUACCAAAUUCGAUGAUCUGAAAGCUGCCACAGGAGUUGUGAUCGUAUUCAUCAAGAUGGGUGUUGGUGAGAUAUCAGCGGAUUCGAUGAAGGCUCGAGUGAUCACUACUACGUUGAAAGUUGACGAUCCAGUGGAGGGGCUGGAGGGUGUUCUUAGGGAGGUUCAUUCGAAGUUACUGGGUGACACCGAGGUUGGCGGAGCGAUCGAGAAGUUGAUCGCCGGUUUGGAAGCAGGCUUAGUUCGUGAGUCGCAGAAGGGGCACAACUUUGGAGAGGAUGAAAUCGAUCAUGUAAUCGAUUUGGUUGAAUACGUCGAGUUUAUGGGAAAUUAA